GGUGCUGUUUCUCCAGUCUCUUUCCCCUGUCUUUGUCUCACACACUCUUUUGUUAGCCAUGCCUAGCCUGCUGGUUCUAGCAGGGAUCAUGGAGAAAAACGGGGGCUUCGCCGGGGAUCUGGCCGGCUCCGGCUUCGGGGGCGACGGUCUCCUCGUGCCGCCCGACGACGAGGAGGACGACUCCCGCGCCCUCCGGGUCGCGCUGGGCCAGUUGUCUCUGCUGGGGCUCGGGGAAGGCGAGGACGGAGGCGGCGGCGGAGGAGGCGGCGGCGGAGCCCCGACACCGGGAGGAGUGCAGGACCGGAGUAACAAUAACAACAACCACCACAACCACACGAACAACGGCGGCGGCGGCAUCGGGGACGCGGCGAUCCUGCAAGGGAAGAGCAAGUUGUGCGCGCUGUACGAGAGCGCGAGCGAGACGAAGGGACGCGGCUGCAACAUCACGGAGUGCGUCCCGGUGCCCAGCUCCGAGCAUGUGGCCGAGAUAGUGGGGAGACAAGGUUGUAAGAUCAAAGCCCUGCGAGCCAAGACCAACACCUACAUCAAGACGCCGGUGAGAGGGGAGGAGCCUGUGUUCCUCAUCACGGGCCGCAAGGAGGACGUGGCGCUGGCCCGCCGCGAGAUCAUCUCGGCCGCCGAGCACUUCUCCAUGCUGCGGGCGUCCCGCAACAAGCUGGGCGUGUCCUUCAGCGGCUCGCCGCCCACGCCGCUGCCGGGCCAGACCACCAUCCAGGUGAGGGUGCCGUACCGCGUGGUGGGGCUGGUCGUGGGGCCCAAGGGCUCCACCAUCAAGCGCAUCCAGCAGCAGACGUGCACGUACAUCGUCACGCCGAGCCGCGACCGCGACCCCGUCUUCGAGAUCACGGGCUCGCCGAGCAACGCCGAGAGGGCCCGCGAGGAGAUCGAGGCGCACAUCGCCUUCCGAACGGGGGGCCUGCACGACCACAACAACGAGAACGACUGCCUGGGGCCCAACGGCGGCGGCGGCAGCCCGGUGGGCUGCGGCGGUCUGGAGAGCCGGCUGCAGCAGGUGUGGGGGCUGCAGGGGGGCCAGCGCAAGCCGCUCACCAGCAGCUACCGCCAGAACUUCUCCGACGCCAUGGUGGUGGGAGGCGACGGCGGCGGCGGCGGCGGCGGGAUCUACAGCAAGAGCAACUUCUCGGGCUCCGGGGAGAAGCCGUGCUCUUACUUCGGGUCGGAGGGCACCGCCCAGAGCUGGGGCGACCCCGACUACCCCAAGCAGGUGGCCUUCUACGCCCAGCAGCGCUCCAAGAGCUUCGGGGGCCUCCCGCUGCCGCUCACCAGACUCUCCCCCGGCUUGUCCGAGUCCUGCGGCGGCGGCGGCGGGUGCAACAACAACAACAACUCGUCGGUGGGCAGCAUCGUGUCCGUUUGCGGCGGCGGCUCGCCUCACGCCCAGGCACGCCGCGCCCACAGCGAGCCCACCUCGGCCGGAGACGGGUGUUUCUCCGGCCGCCUGCCCGUGCCGGACUCGCCGCCGAUGAGCGCGCGGGACUGCAUGACGUGCUUCGAGAGCAAAGUGACGGCCGCCCUGGUGCCGUGCGGCCACAACCUGUUCUGCAUGGAGUGCGCCAUCCGGAUCUGUGAGCUCAACCACCCCGAGUGCCCGGUGUGCCACACCCAGGUCACUCAGGCCAUCCGAAUAUUCUCUUAAAGGAAUCCUGGUUUUUUUUUUUUUAAUCAUUUAGUUUUGUGUUCUGUUCAAUAAUUAUGUUUUAUUAUGAUUAUUAUUAUUACACAUUUUUUUUUUCUUCCAGAAAAUUUACAAAACAAUCGAGCAGAUAUUUUAGGAGGCACUGCUUGCUUUACUAAAAAGAAAAGGGAAAAAAAGUAUAAGAAAUAUUUUUAAGUUUUUCUUUUAUAUAUAUAUGCAUAUAUAUUUUAUAAAAGUUUUGUUUAUAAGAGAAGUAUAGUUCCUUGCUUUUUCAGUUUGUUUUGACUGCUGCCGCUCGUCUGGCGGCGUGUAAUAAGACGGUAAUGUGAACAUUUUUUAUUAUUCAAUUUUUUUUAUUUUGUAACCAUGAAGUGGGUUUAUAUGGAAGGAAGAAGAUGAUUGUUGAGAUACCCGAUCUGACCCCGAUGACCCCGUGAGGAGAGGGACCCCGUAGACUCGUCAUUGCACCUUUACAAUCAUCUCGCUCUAAAAUAGGAAUUUUUUUCAAUCACACAUUUUUUACGUUUCGGGAGCUGAAGGUGAAUUCACUUCUACUGUGAUCGUGUUUUUUAAUUAGUCCAAAAACAAGAUAUUAAUUUUGAGCAAAAAAAUGAAAAAUGUGAAUUUUGGUUUGGAUUGGUUUGAGUCAAAGCCAUGUACUCUUUUACACCCCCCCCCCCCUUCCGCCUUUAUUCCAUUCUUAUACCUUUUUUUUAAAAAGCCUUGAUGCAAAAAAAAUAAUUUAUUUAUGGUUAAUUGGAUGUAUUUGUAUUGGGAGACGAGUGAGAAGCAGGAAGAAGAAGUCGGUUGAAACAGGACUCGCGGUUCCUCGCUUUGGCGUAAAGCACCGAUUUGAAUGUGCGGGGCCCAAAAGCCUUGGAGCCGGUCCAGUUGCCCCCCCCCCCCAUGGACUCGUUUCAAAGCCACCUCGACCGCGCUUCAUUGUCUCGUGCGGUCGGUCGGCGUGUAAAUAAAGAGGAUGAUCGCUCCAGAAAGCCCCGAAAUAGUCGACGCUGUAAAACGCAGAGUCCCAAAAUCAGUAAUCCUUCCUCCACGUUCCCCAACGGCAUUGUGUGUGUGUGUGUGUGUGUGUGUGUGUGGCCAGCUGUCUCCCCUGUAAUUAGCAAAGCUGUACAGGAGCAGGUGUUUCGUGGCACACUGUAGCUGUGACCCCCAAGUUGGAGGUCUCGCCUCUCGCCCCCUUUUUUCUUUUUCUUUCUCCCUUUUUUUGGGUGGAGGGGGAGGGGGGGGGGGCUUUUAUUGUUCGCCCCGCUUACAGUUUGAGCGUUUUGCUUCUCUCUCUCUCUCUGAGCAUGCGGCGCAUUGUCCGGGCCCCGGCGGCGGCGGCGUGGGCCGCGCGGCGCUCGGACACGGCCUGGAGCCACUCAUUGACAAUUAGG